UUAUAAAUAACUGAUUAUUAAAGCCAUGUGUAUAAAUGAAUGAAGAGAGCCUAGGAUGGAAUUUUAGAUACUUAAUGGGCAGGUUAGAAGAAGAUGAACCUGCAAAGAAGAUCCAGGAGGAGUGUCAAGAAAGGGAGGAAAGCCAGAGGAAAAGAUGCUAGAACCACAGGAGAAUGGCAUGAUUGACCUACCAGAUUAUGAGCAUAUAGAAGAUGAAACUUUUCCUCCUUUCCCACCUCCAACUUCUCCGAAGAGACAAGAUGGUGAAGGAGCUGAACCUGAUGAAGGGAGUGGAGCACCUAUUCCUGUACCUCCAAGGAGAACGGUUAAAAGGAAUAUACCCAAGCUGGAUGCUCAGAGAUUAAUUUCAGAGAGAGGGCUUCCAGCCUUAAGGAAUUUGUUUGAUAAAGCAAAAUUCAAAGGUAAAGGUCAUGAGGCUGAAGACUUGAAGAUGCUAAUCAGACACAUGGAGCACUGGGCACAUAGGCUAUUCCCUAAACUGCAAUUUGAGGAUUUUAUUGACAGAAUUGAAUACCUGGGAAAUAAAAAGGAAGUUCAGACCUGUUUAAAACGAAUUCGACUUGAUCUCCCUAUUUUACAUGAAGAUUUUGUUAGCAAUGAUGAUGACAUAGGGGAAAAUAACGGCCAUGAUGUAACUGCUACUGAAUUAGAUCCCUUUUUGACAAACUCAUCUGAAAAUGAGAAGUUUGCUUCUGAGUCAAGUAGAAGCCUAACAGAAGAGCAACAAGAAAGAAUUGAGAGAAAUAAACAACUGGCCUUGGAAAGAAGGCAGGCAAAGCUACUGAGUAAUAGUCAGUCCCUAGGAAAUGACAUGUUAAUGAAUACACCCAGGGCACAGAUAAUUGAAGAGGUUCUUACUGGUGAGGAUCAAAAGGAGGAGUCAAAUGGACUAAGCAAAGACAUUCUGGACAAUCCACAUAAUGAUGCUCAUGCUAGUACUUUAAAUGAAGAUGAAGAAUUAAAAUUAGAGGAAACUCAACUGGACCAAUCCUUUUAAAAUGUGCAGUAGUAGCUUUAUGUUUUAUCCAGAAAUCUUACUGAGGUUAGAUAGUCCUCCAGUAAGAGAAAAUGUAUCUAUUAACUUGCUAUCUUGCAAGGUUAGGAUUAAUAGAAACCUGGUAUUUAUUUAUAAUUAUACUUGUCACUUGUCAACUGAAGUCCUCUAUAGUGUUUAUUUUCAUAUAGAUAUGACUUCAUAAAAUGAUUAGUAGUUAACAAACAGCUUCUGUUGCUAGUGUGCCAUUGAAUGCCUUAUUUUCACUAAGUUGGGUGAUAUUUUAAGAUGUAAAUAUAUACUGAAUGUUAAUCCAUUUUUAAAAAG